CAGGAAAGAAAGUGAGACAGGUGAAAAGCGGAAGGGAGAAAGAGAGAGAGAGAGGCAGGGUUCUGGAAUAUCCUCACCUCUAGGAAAGACGCAGGAUCACAGGAAUUCCUCAUUUGCUUCUCCGCAGCCUUUGCCAUCGGCACAGCGGAAAAAUGGAAAGGGGGAGGGGAGCAAAAGGAAUAGAGGAGAGAGAGAGCAGCGACAGAUGAGCACAACGCUACGCAAACCGGCGACAGGAGAGUUAAUUGCUGCCAGCUUUCCCAGCACUGAAGAGUUAAAACAGGCAGCCAGUAGCCAACCGAUGCUGUAAUGAAUUAAAUAAAGCAUCCUGCCGUCGCAUGUGCUCGAGAGAGAUAGAGAGAGAAUGAGUGCACCUGACAGCCAGCUGCUAAUACUGACUGUCUGAAGGCAUCUAGCUGGUGUACAUGUGUGUGGACACACGCUGACACAAACGCAUUCAGGUGCAGCAACAACCAAACUACUGGAGCUUUAAGAGCCGCAGUCCACGUCAUUCCCAGUCCACUCAAUCAGGUUUGGCAGACCAGGCGUCUAAGCUGUCCUUCGCCUCUGCCGAGUCUCUGGAGACCAUGUCAGAAGCCGACAUGCCACUAGGCUUCAACCGCAUGAAUCGCUUUCGUCAGAGCCUACCCCUGUCCCGCUCUGCAAGCCAGAACAAACUACGCUCACCAGGUGUCCUUUUUCUCCAGUUUGGAGAUGAGACCCGGCGUGUUCACAUCACUCAUGAGCUCAACAGUCUGGAGACCUUGCACGCUCUUAUCGUGCACAUGUUUCCUCAGAAGCUGACAGCGGGAAUGCUGAAGUCCCCCAACACGGCCAUCUUGAUCAAAGAUGAGGCGAGAAAUGUUUUCUAUGAGCUAGAGGACGUGAGGGAUAUACAGGACCGAAGCAUCAUUAAAAUCUACCGCAAAGAGCCCAUUUACGCCUCCUACCCUGCGGCACAUCUGGCCAAUGGAGACCUCAGGAGAGAGAUGGUUUACAGCUCUCGAGACUCAUCACCUACCCGUCGCCUCAACACCCUUCCUUCUUCUACUGCUUCUCCAUCCUCCGGUUCCCCUUCCCGGUCCCGCUUGUCCUACAGCGGAGGCCGCCCCCCUUCCUUUGCUGGUCCAGGUCACCCUCAAGGCCCUCAGCAUUCGUCCCACUCCCACCACCCCUCGCCAUCUCACGGACAAGCUCAAGGCCUCACGCCCUCCUCCUCUGCCAUCCUGGAACGACGUGACGUGAAACCCGAUGAGGAGAUGUCCGGUAAGAACAUGGUUCUCCUGAAAAACGAGGGAUUGUAUGCUGACCCCUACAGCCUGAUGCAUGAGGGCCGGCUUAGCAUUGCAUCCACUCAGUCCCUGGCCACCAUCGCCGAUCCUUUCGGUUUCCCUGUGUCGGGUGGGUUGUACCGCAGGGGCUCAAUGAGGUCUCUCAGUACGUAUUCAGCUGCGGCGCUGCAAGGGGACCUGGAGGACUCUCUGUAUAAACCUGGAGGCUCUCUGUAUUCCGAUACCUACGGCACCAGUUCAACGCUUGGCAUGGGCUUUCGUCUUCCGCCCUCUUCCCCGCAGAAGAUUCCCGACGUGCAGCUGCGUGACAGGGAUUCGUUUACCGGGUCUCCAAGCCGAGGGUCGCCAGUGAGACAGACCUUCCGUAAGGACUCCGCCUCUUCUGUGUUUGUGGACAGCCCGAAGUCCAGACCCAGCUCCAGCUCUGAACCCAUAGGGGAUGGAAGUAAGGGAACAGGGUUCGGGGGUGAGACAGAUUCACGCAGGGAUCGUAUGGAGGCAAUGGAAAAGCAGAUAGCCAGUCUGACCGGGCUGGUUCAGAGCGUCCUUACCCGAGCGCCAGACAGUGACAGCACAUGCGGCCUGCUGCGUCUCUGCAUGAUGGCGGGCUGCCCUCCGGACCAGGGUGCGGAGUUUUCACGGCCCUUCCCUUUCUCUUCCAGCGAGAAGACCGAAUCCACCAGCGACGGCUCCGCCACUGGAACUGGCCGGCUGAAGAAGAAAGCUCUGACACCAUCUGCUCCGCUGGCUCUGAUGCCUCCACCUUCAUCUGGGGGUUCUCAGUCCUCAACUGUCUCCAGGCUACAGAUGCAGCUUCACCUGCAUGACCUACAACAGAACGCCACUGAUCUGCGCAAACAGCUCGCACAGCUCCGUAAAAUGCAGUUGCAGAACCAGGACUCCGUACGCAGUCUUUUGAAGAGGACCGAGACGGAGCUGAGUCUGCGCCUCUCUGAUGCUCUGAGGAAACAGGAAGACCCUCUCCAGAGACAGCGCCUCCUGGUGGAAGAGGAGAGACUUAAAUACCUCAACGAGGAGGAACUUAUAAUACAGCAACUACAUGAUCUAGAAAAGUCAGUGGAGGAAAUCCAGAAGGAGAUGUCUGUCAAUCAUCGGCAUGUGAGUGUGCAGGAGCUGGAGGAGAAAACGUCCCUGCUAAGGAGACUGGGAGAGACUCUUACAGAGCUCAAGAAUCAAUUCCCUGGACUUCAGAGUAAAAUGCGGGUGGUUUUGAGGGUUGAAGUGGAAGCCGUGAAGUUCUUGAAAGAGGAACCACACAGACUGGACGCCCUUCUGAAACGCUGCAAAUCCAUCACAGACACACUUACAACGCUCAGGAGGCAGGUGAAUGAGGGAGUGUGGAAAAAGCAAGAUGAGUAUUCUAGCCCCUCCCCUAAACUCGGAGGAGGGGAGGAGUACAGGAAGAGUACAGAUUUUGACAUUCCCACCAGCCCACCUUUGAGCCUCAAUGAGACCACUCUGGCUAAUUGGAGCCCUCACUCUGGUCAGGGCCACGCCCAUAACCACACCCACUCCAACCCUUCUCCUGCGCAGCGUGAGAAAGAUUCUCAUGGGAUGGGGUCAUUAAAGGGGCGAGGCCUGGAGGAGAUCGGAGGUCGGGGCGGGACCGAUAAAGCUUCAUCAGUGGAAGUGAGACUGGCAGCAGAGAGGGACUGGGAAGAGAAGAGGGCCAGUUUAACCCAGUAUAGUGCUCAGGACAUUAAUCGACUGCUGGAGGAAACUCAAGCGGAGCUCAUGAAGGCCAUUCCGGACUUGGACUUUGCCGCCAAGCAAAUCAAACCUGCUCAGAACCAAAACCAGAACCAAAAUCAAAACCAGAUCCCAUCUUGCGCCAAUGCCACACCUGAGCACAAGCCUAAUAAACCUCAACAUAAACUCUCUAGUAAAGAGGGCGGGUCCAGGCGGGGCUCGGACGAGCUGACGGUCGCGAGGUAUCGAACCGAGAAACCCUCAAAGUCUCCUCCUCCCCCACCUCCCCGCCGGAGUUUCCCAUCUUCCCCUGGACUUAUUACACGCAGCGGAGAGACCAUCAUUCCCGGGAAGAGCAUAAAGAAAUCAGAAUCAGAAGAGACAGAGUCUCAGAAGCCGCACGUGAAGCUAAGGAGAAGUGUAUCUGAAGCUCCCCGGCCGGCCUCCACUCCUCCGACCGUCGCCGGAGGAGAGAAAGAAGAGGGCGACGAGGACAAGUUAACAGCCGAGCUGGAGCUGACUGCAUCUCAGUCUGGUUUACAUGAACAGUCCAGUGAUUUCACAGUCGAGUCUCCGAUGCAGAAUGAAACCUCUCCUGCUCCGGUCCCCCAGAUAGUCUUGACUGAAUGUAACUCACUUCCCACGGCCCCUUCCGGGGACUCGACUGAAGCUCGGUCGUCUGCAGAACAGCAGGAACCCGACGGCGUGCAGGUGGUGAAAGACAAUAACUCUGAAAGUGAUAUCAGAGUGAGUUACUUUAGCCACAUUGUGAGGACCCCCAGUCUGUCGCUAUGGAAACCAGCCUCACGGAUACGAGACUUGGACCUCUCCCAGGGGGAAUCCCGGACAAAGCAAGCUCCUGUUCGAGAUCAGACCCAAUCUUGGUCCUCCUUAACAAGGGAGAAAGCAAUUAAGCAGUCCUUGAAGAGGGCACCAAGGGUCCAGGAGUCUCUUGAGGCAGAGAGAGAGCCGAAAGAUGAGCAAAUGAGGGAUCAGAGGCCGACUACACCAGAAUCUACAAUGUCAGUCAUGCAGGAAAAUGGCCCCUCGGAGACGUCUCAGGUCGGUUUGAUCCGCACCCCAGGCGUUGGAGGGGAGAAAGAAGACAUCUGCCACAGCACCUACCGUCGCCUGGACAGUCUGGAGGAAACCAUCCGUGAGCUGGAGCUCAGCCUGAUGGAGUUCAGCGCUGACCCUCAAACAGGGAACAUCAUCCACACAGCUUCCAGAACACAGGGGUCCAUCGAGAGAUCCAGCAGCACUCUCAGCUCCAAUACUCAGAGCUCCGGAGAGGGAGGAGAAAUGAACAGACCCCCUGUGCCACCCAAACCUUCCUACAUCAGUACAUCAACAACCAAGACUGCUGGUGGUAAGGCGUUGUCUCGUCUGAAGCAUCUGCAGCAAAGUGGCUCAGAUAAAAGCAAAACAAGCAAACAGAGAGAUGACUUCCUUAAGGGUCAGGGUCAACAACAGCAGUGAAUGACCCAAACCUACCAGUACCUGACCUGACCAAGGCUUGCCACCACCCCUUCUUCAUCAUCAACAACAUCUGACUUAAACCCACAAUCCUGUGCCUGGUUUCCCCUCAUACCCCCCUUCCACUGGUCCUACAUACAAUUUGGGAAUUAAAUACCCUAGUCGUCAUGUUCACUGGAAUCUCAUCAUCUUAUAGAGUGUGGAUGUUACUGCGUGAGGAGACCUCCACAAGCCUCAUAGUUUGUACUCUCUUUUUCUUCUCUCUCUACUCCUGACCUUCAGACUCUGAACCGAAACUUCAGCAGAUCCAGAGCAACAGAGUCACUCCUCGCAAACACCAAGGCUAACAGCUUUUCCGGCCACCUGCCCUCCAGGCUCCGUAAGUA